CCAGGAUACCGGUACAGUGCUCAGUCUGAUCUGCAGGGGUUUCGUGGCGCCCUCUCUAGCUUUCCGCGUUAUGGCGGCUGCCCGUCAGCUGCUUGGUUGCCACCAGUGCAGCGUGCCUCAGUUUGGUCCUGGUUCCUCUUCUGCACACAGCAAGAGCUGGGCUGGGGCGGCCCCAAGCUUGACGGGUUUCCCGAGCAACAAUGCCAAAGGCAAUGUGAAGAAUGCGGGCUCGUCUCUGCGCUCUAGAGCCGACCAACAUAGAGUAGCCUGCGCAGAUCAUUGCUGUGAGCGUUAUCGUGGACAACAAGGGCUUGUGCCAGCUCGUUCACGGAGGAUCUGUUGUGGCGCCAGUGUCAAUGAAGCUCAGAGUCACAGCAAUGCUGACGUUGAAGGACCAUUGGGCGCGGUGUGCUCUCGGCGGCAGACCGUUGGGUUGCUGGGCGCUUCGUUGGCUGCUCUGAGCUGGAGUGGCGCUACUCAAGAGGCGCUUGCGUUCCCUGGACCGGACGACAGGCGAGAAGCUGAGCCCCAAGUCUUCUUCAAGACCCCAAGCGGCACCAAAGUUCAAGAACUGCUAGAAGGCACGGGCCCCGCUGCGCAGGCGGGCAACACGGUGACGUUCCAUUACGUGUGCCGGCGCUCCAACGGUUACUACGUGUAUAGCACGGUGGAUGGGGACAACACACCGGCCAGCCUUCCGCUGGGGCAAGGCCGAGUGAUCCAAGGCCUAGAAGAGGUUCUUUCGGGUAUGCGGGCAGGAGGUAAGCGGAGAGCGCUCAUUCCGCCGUCCGCUGGGUAUGUCGACCAAAUACUGGAACCCAUUCCACCAGGGUUUGGUCCGCAACGCAGCCUUUAUUCGCACGCCAAGGAGCCUCUUGUGUUCGAGGUUUUGCUACUGAAAGUCAAGUAGAGUUCAAAGUCAAGUCGUGAAAAGGAUAUAGAUGGGAAAGGAAAUCUUAAAGCCCAUCUUAGAAAGGCACUUCUCUUUUUGUCCAACUCGAAGCUUCCCAGAUUGGGAUGUUUCGAUGAGGUAUACGGUUGACGAGUUGAAAUUGAGUUGUUGAGCAUAACUGUAUCAUGCUUCUGAAUCACUGAACCAGCGCCCCUAGAUCUGUCCAAUCUAAUGUUGGGGAUCAACGCGUAGUCAUCCGCAAGGAAACUCCAACCGAGGGGCAGCUAGAAUGGAUUCGUUAGGGGAGCGUUGUUGGCCAGCUUCUGACUGAAAGUAUGUUCCGAGAUUGGCAUGCGCCACUCGAAUCGGCGACCAUUAAACCGGGCCUGUUGGACGAUUGUCGCUUUCGUAUGUAUCGCUACCAGCAAUCGUGAUGCAAUUAAGAAACAUUGCAAUUAGGCGAGAGCUUAUCUGGGUUCGUUGCAUUGGCUGCUGAUCAGACUGCUUAUGUCGCCAUUCCCAAGUACUGGUUGUAAAUGUCCGC